AUGUCUAUGAAUGUGCAGUCCUUAUCAUCAGGCUGGUCCUUUAAGGACCGCGAGUCCAGCGAAUGGCUGCCCGUUACCGCGGUUCCAUCAGUGGUACAGCAGGAUCUCAUCGCUAACAACAAGCUUGACGAUCCAUAUAUUGGUUUCAAAGAGCUAGAUGCUCGCUGGGUGAAUGAAAAGUCGUGGAUAUAUCGUACUGUCUUCGAAAAACCAGAGACCCCGGCCGGUUCUGUGAUUGUCUUGGUGUUUGAUGGUUUGGAUACAUUCGCCAAGGUAAAGCUAGACGGCCAAGUCAUCCUCGAGAGUGACAACAUGUUCCUGGGGCACCGAGUCGACGUUACCCAGGUGCUAGCGGCCGAUGGAGAACACACUCUUGAAGUUGAGUUUGACUGUGCCCUGCUCAAAGCACGCGAGCUUCAAUCCAAAGAUCCCGGUCACAAAUGGGUCGGUUUCAAUGGCGACCCGGCCCGGAUGGCUGUGCGGAAAGCCCAGUACCACUGGGGCUGGGACUGGGGACCAGUACUCAUGACUGCCGGCAUUUGGCGGGCUGUGAGACUCGAAGUGUACAGCGCUCGGAUUUCAAACCUGUGGCCUCAGACUCGGUUGGCCACAGAUUAUCAGACAGCUGAAGUCACUGCCCUUGCUGAGGUGGAAAGCUUCGUGGACGGCGACCACACAGUUCAAUUCACUUUGAGCUUGAAGGGCAACGAGAUUGCUUCUCAGGAUAUCCUAGUAUCUGGGAAGACUACGCAAGUUACAUUUAGAGUCAAUCAUCCCGAGCUGUGGUGGCCCCAUGGAUACGGUGAGCAAAAUCUUUAUGAGGUAUCGGCAUCCCUACUUUCCAAUGGCGUGAAAGCAGACCACGACUCUAAGAAGUUUGGCAUCCGAACUGCGGAGGUAGUCCAACAGCCAGAUAAACAUGGAAAGUCGUUUUUCUUUCGCAUCAAUGGAAGAGAUAUUUUCUGUGGCGGCUCAUGCUGGAUUCCAGCUGACAGUCUUCUCCCUGCUGUCAGCGCAGAACGGUACCGUAAGUGGAUUCAACUCAUGGUUGCUGGCAGACAAGUGAUGAUCCGUGUAUGGGGCGGUGGCAUUUAUGAAGAUGAUGCAUUUUAUGAAGCUUGUGACGAGCUUGGAGUGCUGGUUUGGCAAGAUUUCAUGUUCGGAUGCGGCAACUAUCCCACUUGGCCUGAGAUGCUUGAGUCUGUGCGCCAAGAGACAACUUACAACCUGAGGCGCAUGCGCCAUCAUCCGUCCAUUGUGCUUUAUGCUGGCAACAAUGAAGACUAUCAGGUCGCGGAAUCAGAAGGCUUAACGUAUAACUACGAAGACAAAGACCCAGCGAGCUGGCUCAAGACAGAUUUCCCAGCACGGUACAUCUAUGAGAAGCUGCUUCCAGAAGUGGUGGCUGAACACUCACCUGAUACAUUCUACCACCCUGGAAGUCCAUGGGGAGAUGGCAAGAUCUCGUCUGAUAAAACUGUUGGGGACAUGCAUCAAUGGAAUGUGUGGCAUGGAACCCAGGAGAAGUAUCAAAUCUUUGACACUCUGGGUGGAAGAUUUAACAGCGAGUUUGGAAUGGAGGCAUUCCCUCAUAUAUCCACCAUUGACUAUUUCGUCGAAAGGUCGGAGGACAAGUUUCCUCAAUCACACGUUAUCGAUUUUCAUAACAAGGCCGACGGUCAUGAACGAAGGCUAGCGACAUAUCUAGUGGAAAACCUGCGAACUGCUACAGACCUUGAGACAUACAUCUAUCUUACUCAGGUGGUUCAAGCCGAGACCAUGAUGUUUGGCUACCGAGGCUGGCGUCGACAAUGGGGCGAUGAGCGACACUGCGGUGGUGCACUACUCUGGCAGCUGAAUGACUGCUGGCCCACAAUCUCCUGGGCAAUUGUGGAUUACUUCCUCAAGCCCAAGCCAGCAUAUUAUGCCGUGAAGCGGGUUCUGAACCCCAUUGCGGUGGCAGUGCGGCGCGAACACCAUGACUGGAGUGUGGCCCAUGCACAGCCACCUAAGACGAGCCAAUAUGAGGUUUGGAUCGCGAGCAAUCAAUUUGAGGCCGUUCAAGGCAAGGUCGAACUGAGGUUCAUAUCCGUCAACACAGGCGACGAAAUCCGGGCACCGAUUGUACGCGACAACAUCACCAUUGCCCCGAAUGGCACCACAGAUAUCAUUGAUGGGGUAAUUGAUCAUAUUGCUGAGCCAGAGCCCCAUGUCUUGGCCGCACGACUGUGGGUUGACAACCAGAUUGUGGCCAGGGAUGUUGACUGGCCGCAACCCUUCAAAUAUCUCAACCUCUCAGAUAGGCAGCUCCAUAUUCAAAGAAGGUCUGAGCAGAAAGAUGACGUCUUGGUGAUCAGCGCGCGCAAGCCAGUCAAAUGCAUCGUCUUUGAAGAACAAGACGGAGUGCAACUUGAGGACAAUGCCAUUGAUAUUGUGCCGGGUGAUGAACAAACGAUUCAAUUAAAUGGCCGGAGAGCUGAGUCUUUGAGAUAUCGGUAUCUGGGGCAAGAGUUGUGUGAGACUGUUGAAUAG